GAGGGUGACCCAGCGGGUUCCUGAGGACCCUGUGGCUCCUAGAGAGAGGGGCUGGACGCCGAGCGGGUGCGGUGGCCCUGGGAAGGAACCUGGCCUGGGCUGCCCACCUUCUGCCCGCUCCCCUCCCUAUCCCUUACCCUGAGCGUCGGGACCGCGCGGCGUCUCCCUAUGAAUCUUUACAUGGAUGACAUGGCAACCACUCAGAUUUCCAAAGAUGAACUUGAUGAACUCAAAGAGGCCUUUGCGAAAGUUGAUCUCAACAGCAAUGGAUUCAUUUGCGACUAUGAACUUCAUGAGCUUUUCAAGGAAGCCAAUAUGCCACUGCCAGGAUAUAAAGUGAGAGAAAUUAUUCAAAAACUCAUGCUGGAUGGUGACAGAAACAAAGAUGGGAAGAUAAGUUUUAAUGAAUUUGUUUAUAUUUUCCAAGAGGUAAAGAGCAGUGAUAUUGCUAAAACCUUCCGAAAAGCCAUCAACAGGAAAGAAGGGAUUUGUGCUCUGGGAGGAACGUCAGAGUUGUCCAGUGAAGGAACACAGCAUUCCUACUCAGAGGAAGAAAAAUACGCUUUCGUUAACUGGAUAAACAAAGCUUUGGAAAAUGAUCCCGAUUGCAGACACGUUAUACCCAUGAACCCGAAUACUGAUGACCUGUUCAAAGCAGUUGGUGAUGGAAUUGUGCUCUGCAAAAUGAUCAACCUUUCGGUUCCUGAUACCAUUGAUGAGAGAGCAAUCAACAAGAAGAAACUUACACCCUUCAUCAUUCAGGAAAACUUGAACUUGGCACUGAACUCUGCUUCUGCCAUUGGGUGUCAUGUUGUGAACAUUGGUGCCGAAGAUUUGCGGGCCGGGAAACCUCAUCUGGUUUUGGGACUGCUCUGGCAGAUUAUUAAGAUUGGCUUGUUCGCUGACAUUGAAUUAAGCAGGAAUGAAGCACUGGCGGCUUUGCUUCGGGAUGGUGAGACUUUGGAGGAGCUUAUGAAAUUGUCUCCAGAAGAGCUUCUGCUAAGAUGGGCCAACUUUCAUCUGGAAAAUUCAGGCUGGCAGAAAAUCAACAACUUCAGUGCUGACAUCAAGCUUUUUGACUUCAGUAAUUCAGUGAAGGACUCCAAAGCCUAUUUCCAUCUGCUCAAUCAAAUUGCACCAAAAGGACAGAAGGAAGGUGAACCACGGAUAGAGAUCAGCAUGUCAGGCUUUAACGAAACAGAUGAUUUGAAGAGAGCCGAAAGUAUGCUUCAACAAGCAGAUAAAUUAGGUUGCAGACAGUUUGUUACCCCUGCUGAUGUUGUCAGUGGAAACCCCAAACUGAACUUAGCCUUCGUAGCUAACCUCUUUAAUAAAUACCCAGCACUCACUAAACCUGAAAACCAGGACAUUGACUGGACUCUACUAGAAGGAGAAACUCGUGAAGAAAGAACCUUCCGUAACUGGAUGAACUCCCUUGGUGUUAAUCCUCACGUAAACCAUCUCUAUGCUGACCUGCAAGAUGCCCUGGUCAUCUUACAGCUAUAUGAACGAAUUAAAGUUCCUGUGGACUGGAGUAAAGUUAACAAGCCUCCGUACCCAAAGCUGGGAGCCAACAUGAAAAAGUUAGAAAACUGCAACUAUGCAGUUGAAUUAGGGAAGCACCCGGCUAAAUUCUCUCUGGUUGGCAUUGGAGGACAAGACCUGAACGAUGGGAACCCAACCUUGACCUUGGCUGUAGUCUGGCAGCUGAUGAGAAGAUAUACCCUUAAUGUUCUGGAAGAUCUUGGAGAAGGUCAGAAAGCAAAUGAUGACAUCAUUGUAAACUGGGUGAACAGAACAUUGAGUGAAGCUGGAAAGUCAACUUCCAUUCAGAGUUUUAAGGACAAGACGAUCAGCUCCAGUUUGGCGGUUGUGGAUUUAAUUGACGCCAUCCAGCCAGGCUGCAUUAACUAUGACCUUGUUAAGAGCGGGAAUCUUACAGAAGAUGACAAGCACAACAAUGCCAAGUAUGCAGUGUCAAUGGCUAGAAGAAUCGGAGCCAGAGUAUAUGCUCUUCCCGAAGACCUUGUGGAAGUAAAACCCAAGAUGGUCAUGACCGUGUUUGCCUGUUUGAUGGGCCGGGGGAUGAAGAGAGUGUAAAAUAACCAAUCUGAACAGAACCAAACUUACUCACAGGUGCAUGAUUAGCAAGUCAGCUAUUCCCAGGGGAAGUGCUCAUGGCUUAAGGAAUUCUUGGUCAUUUAAAGGACUUUUUAUUUUCAUUAACAAGACUAGCUCAUCAUGACAGCAACUUCGGGGAAAGACUUUUAGUAACAAGCAACUCCUCUUUCCCUUCGAGUGGGAUCUGUUCAGCACACCUGAACAUGCUCACAGCCGACCACAUGCUCUCUCCUCCUAGAAUGUUGCCCUUGACAUUUCCUGUUGCUGUGUAAUAUCUCUCUGUAUACCGUUUCACUCUUAGGGUGUCCGUCUCUUGAGACUUCUUAGACGGGCACAUAGGAACAGUAUCAGCUUGCCAUUUUGCCUUCCUUGCUCAACCAGUUUUUGCUGGAGAACUGUGGGCAGACACCAUGUGGAUAUGAGUGUCCUUUGCUUACUUUGUAGUGCUGAAAAUCUGCUGAAGUAACUGACUGUGCAGAAUGGACUAGAAGUUUUCUCAUUCUUUUAUUCUUAAAAUCAGUAUCUUUUUACAGUAUUCUUUCUACAUGAUUAUUUUUUGUACAUUUAAGAAUAUUUUGAUGACAGUCAACAAGUCUGCUGAUUUGCUACUUUUUUUAAAGGGGCUUCAAGUCAGUAAAAAAAAAAGCAUAAACUAUAGGUGGAGGAAAAUGGACCCUACAGUUGUAUUCCCCCUUACACUCAUGCUUAAAUCAAAUGAAAUAUUUGGUCUUCAAUGAAUCAGUUCAAGACAUGCUUCUUUGUUUUGGAAACUUUAUCACAAAACUGUGUUUCAAUCUAAAAUACUCUUAAAUAUGAUGCUUUUGAGGAGAGAGUGAGAAUUUAGAUGGGGAUUUGAUAAACAAAGUAUGCUAAGUGUACAAUAGAUUUUUUAAUGUAACAAGGAGACUUGGUCACGCAAAAGGGAAAGUAUGUAUGUCAGACUCGAUGUUCUCUUCCUUUGUCAAGCUUUUUUUUGCUAUAGUUCUCAAGAUCAUUAUGUUAAUCUAACUCUGAAAAGUGAUGUAAUCUGGUAGCAACAUAGUAGUCCAAAUAAAGGCAUUUGCAUAAUAA